AUGAGCGUCAGAGCUGGCCGCUUUCUGCGUGAGGAGGAAGCUGGGCUCGGCGUGCGUUCUCCUGCCUGCCACACAUCCAGCGAGAGGACCCGGUGUGCUCUCCGUCCCGUCCCCUGCUCCACACUCGCCCUCUCGCCUCUCCACAACAUGGAGAUGUACGCGGAAUUGGUGUGCAGCGGCGUGGCUUUGCUCCUGUAUGUCAACACACUGAGCGCCGAUUUUUGCUACGAUGACAGCCGCGCGAUCAAGACCAACCAGGACCUGCUCCCCGAAACCCCCUGGACAAACAUCUUUUACGACGACUUCUGGGGCACGCUGCUCACCCACAGCGGGAGCCACAAGUCCUACCGCCCGCUCUGCACCCUCUCCUUCCGCUUCAACUACGCUCUGGGCGGGCUGGAUCCCUCUGGCUACCACUUGGUCAACAUCCUCCUGCACGGAAUGGUCACUGGGCUCUUCACGGCGCUGUCCCGGUUGCUGCUCGGAGGCGGUCUGUGGAGCCUUCUGUCUGGCCUUCUUUUCGCUGCACACCCCAUCCACACCGAAGCCGUGGCCGGAGUGGUGGGACGCGCAGACGAAGGCUCCGCGCUCUUCUUUCUCGUCUCGCUGCUCUGCUAUGUGCGCCACUGUAAGCUGCGAGGACAGGCCGGACCCGCGCGCCUGGUCGCCUGGUUCCUGGGCAGCCUGCUCUUUGCUGCGUGUAGCAUGUUAUGGAAAGAACUGGGGGUGACGGUCCUGGCUGUGUCGGCGCUCUAUGACGUCUGUGUUUUCCACCGGCUCACCAUGCGCCAGAUAAUUGCUCUCCUCUACAAGAGAAAGAACCUGCACCUGCUGCUAAACGUCUCCCUCUUGGCUCUGAGCGGCGUCCUGUUGCUGGCCGGCCGCUUCUAUUGGAUGGGCAACAAACCUCCAAACUUCUCCAACUCUGACAAUCCGGCCGCCGACUCCCCCUCUCUGCUCACCCGCUCCCUCACCUUCUUCCACCUGCCCGCCGUCAACUUCUGGCUGCUCCUCUGCCCUCACACGCUCAGCUUCGACUGGUCCAUGGACGCCUUGCCUUUAAUACGAGGCUUUUCCGACUGGAGGAACCUGCAGACGGCGUUCUUCUACUGCGGAUUAUCGGCGCUGGCUUGGUUCGGGUUGUUUAAGCACAAAGCGUCAAAAGUCAAAGACAUGAAUGGGAAAGCUCACGUUUAUACAAAUGGAAGUAACGGUAGCAGUAAUGGACAUAGCAACCACUGCAAUCACGAACACACAAACGCUCAUACAAACAACAAUGUUAGUGAGGAGAACGGUACGAAGAAGCAUUAUGAAAACAGGACUGCGCUGCCCACGACAGAGAAUGUAGUGGUGUUUUCCUUAGGCCUCAUGGCGAUCUCUUUCCUCCCUGCCACAAACCUUUUCUUCUACGUGGGCUUUGUGAUCGCGGAGAGGGUCCUGUACAUCCCGAGUAUGGGCUUUUGUCUGCUGCUGGCCGUGGCCGUGAGGUCUCUGUACGUCCGGCUCAGACGCAGAUCCUUCAGGACUGGGCUGGUCUACUGCAGCGCCGUACUGAUUGUGCUGUUUGGAGCCAAGACGGUGCUGAGGAACAGGGACUGGCAGAACGAGGAGAUGCUCUACAAGUCAGGGAUCUAUGUCAAUCCUGCUAAAGCGUGGGGGAACCUGGGAAACGUGCUGAAGAGCCAGAGCAAGAUGGCGGAGGCCGAGCUCGCCUACAGGAACGCACUGUAUUACCGUAGCAACAUGGCCGACAUGCUCUACAACCUGGGUUUGCUGCUGCAGGAGAGCAACAAGUUCUCGGAGGCGGUUCACUACUAUAAACUGGCCAUUGGGAGUCGGCCCACUCUGGCUUCGGCGUACUUGAACACGGGCAUUAUCCUGAUGAACCAGGGUCGAAUGGAUGAAGCCAAGCGGACAUUCCUGACCUGCGCUGACAUCCCAGAUGAAAACCUCAAAGACCCCCACGCUCACAAAAGCUCAGUCACCAGCUGCCUCUACAACCUUGGCAAACUUCUUCACGAGCAAGGACACCAGGAGGAGGCGCUCUCUGUGUUUAAAGAAGCAAUACAGAAAAUGCCAAGACAAUUUGCACCUCAGAGCCUCUACAACAUGAUGGGGGAGGCUUACAUGCGGCUGAGCAAACUGACCGAAGCUGAGCACUGGUACAGAGAGUCUCUAAGGGUGAAGCCCGACCACAUCCCCGCUCACCUCACCUACGCAAAACUACUGGCCCUGACGGGGCAGAAAACAGAAGCUGAGCGCUACUUCCUCAAGGCCAUUCAGCUGGAUCCCACAAAGGGCAACUGCUACAUGCAUUACGGUCAGUUUUUGUUGGAGGAGUCUCGGGUGAUGCAGGCGGCAGAGAUGGCCAAGAAAGCAGCGCAGCUCGACAGCGGAGAGUUUGAUGUGGUCUUCAGCGCGGCCCACAUGCUCAGGCAAGCCAAUCUAAACGAAGCGGCCGAAAAGUACUACGGACAAGCAGCCAGUCUGAGGCCGGACUACCCCGCGGCUCUGAUGAACCUAGGGGCCAUUCUCCACCUCAAUGGGAAACUGCAGGAGGCAGAAUCCAACUAUCUGAGAGCUCUCCAGCUGAAGCCGGACGACUCCAUCACUCAGUCCAACCUGCGAAAGCUCUGGAACAUCAUGGAGAAGCAGGGCAUGCGGACAGCCGGCCCCUGA